AUGCAGCACGCUUUUGCCUAUUUCCUUGUCAAUUCUACGCCAAUUCUUUACAGAGAUCCUGCCGAGUUUCGGCGUCUUAUCUACCCUUAUCUGUUUGAAGCCAAGCACUUUGUUGUUUUUGACUUGACUGCACGAGAUUCUUCUUGGUACAUGUCUCCGAGAAGGGUGUUCCCCAAGCAUUUUAUUAAUAGUCUAAACAUUGUGGAACUAAACUUUUAUCCUGUGGCGAAUACAUUUAUGCGCAAAGGAUUGAGAAGAGUAGUAGAUGUCCUGGGAUUCCGCUCCAGACUCACUGCACAUGAUUAUCGUGCCGUUGAGAAGAUCGCUAACGGAGAUAUUCGUUCUGCCAUUAACAUUAUUCAGUUUUCACUUCAAUGUUGCCAGGAGAAGUUUACCAUACCUGACGUUUUUGAAGUUGCCUCCACGGACGAGCUAUUUCAUAUGCUUGGCUCAUUGCUUUAUGCGAAGCGCCAGAGCGAAACAGAAUAUCCUGAUGUAGAGUUAGGUGUGCGAGAAGACCUACGUCGACCUGCUCCUACUAGAGCAAUAAACGAUACUCUUUCAAUGUCGAGAGCCUCGGCAGAAACGGUCAUGAUGUUUUUGCAUGAGCAUGAACCGAAUUUUUCGGGCUCGAUAUCAUCCAUUCGUAAGGUCCUCGAUGCAAUGUCCGUGAGUGAUGCAUUGUCUCAGAUGUGGGAGACACGUCACAUUAGCCAAGAGUAUUCUUCUCAGAUAUGCGCUCGCGCUACAAUUUUCUACAACUACAAGGCGAAUAGGAUAGCGCGCGGUUUCUAUGCAUACAGGCGCCCGCAGUGGAGUGUAUUGGACGAAAAGACAACACAAUUGAAACGUGAAUUGAACGAAGUUUUGAGAUUACCUGGUUCGUCUGAUGGACGCUUUGCUGAAAUAUAUGUGCCUUACCUCUCCAUGAUAAAGCCGUCGCUAACGGGUAGCCAGUAUCGGCUGGUAAGCUACCUUACGAGGCCGUGGAGAUUUUCAUGGGGUACGAGUCGGGACCUAUGGGACCAUCAGUUGUCCACUGAUCCAGCAUAUCAAAUGGCUCUCUCCAGAGAAAACUCUUUCAAGAAUUCAUUACGAAGUUCUCUACAAGAAGAAAAUGAUUUGUACGAAGAUUCUCCUCAAAUUGAGGAUUCUGAGUACGAAAUUCAUAGUGAUGACAGUUUCGAUGAUCCUGUCACAUUGUACUAG